CCCACAGACAUCAGGCUGCUGCAUACACUCCACGGGCAGCUCUGAGCACAGGCACAGAAUACCACAGCUCCAGCUCUACUCACUCCACUGAAGGUUGGUGUCCAGGAUGGCGGGGAAGGAGCAGCAGUUCACGGAGGAGAAGCCUCUGCUGCCUGAGCAGAGAGGAGCCGACUCGGACAUGACAGAAAAAGGAGAGGAUGCAUCGGGGGCCCAAGCGCACCCCAGCCCUGCGCCCCUUAACCCCCCUCCCCCCAGCCGCCCCACUCACCGCUGGCAUGCCUUCGCACGGCACUGGCUCCGCCAGACCCGCCGUCGGACCAGCGGGCCCGCCCCGCAGGAGCCUUGUGAGCAGCUGAUGCCGCCUGGAGACUGGAAGGAACACGAUGUGGAGACCCCUUAUGGGAUGCUACAUGUGGUUAUCCGCGGGGCGCCCAAAGGGAACAAGCCUGCCAUCCUCACCUACCACGACGUGGGACUGAACCACAAACUGUGCUUCAAUGCCUUCUUCAACAAUGAGGACAUGCAGGAGAUCACCAAGCACUUCGUGGUGUGCCACGUGGACGCCCCCGGGCAGCAGGUCGGAGCGUCCCAGUUUCCACAGGGGUACCAAUAUCCCACCAUGGACCAACUGGCUGGAAUGCUGCCCACUGUAGUCCAGCACUUUGGAUUUAAAAGCAUUGUGGGGAUUGGAGUUGGAGCUGGAGCCUAUGUCCUGGCCAAAUUUGCUCUGAUUUUCCCUGAUCUGGUCGAGGGGUUGGUUCUGCUCAACAUUGACCCUAAUGGCAAAGGCUGGAUCGAUUGGGCUGCCUCCAAACUGUCCGGUCUGACCAGCUCACUGCCUGACACAGUGCUGCCACAUCUGUUCAGCCAGGAGGAGCUUGUGAGCAACACAGAGCUGGUGCAGAGCUACAGACAACAAAUCAACAACAACAUCAACCAGUUCAACCUGCAUCUCUUCUGGAACAUGUACAACAGCCGGAGGGACCUGGACAUGAAUCGUAGUGCUCUCAAUGCCAAGACUCUGAAGUGUCCGGUGAUGCUGGUAGUGGGAGAUAAUGCUCCUGCUGAGGAAGGAGUGGUUGAGUGUAACUCCAAACUGGACCCCACCAACACCACUUUCCUUAAGAUGGCUGACUCUGGUGGACUCCCUCAGAUCACACAGCCUGCAAAGCUGACUGAAGCCUUCAAGUACUUCCUUCAGGGAAUGGGCUACAUGCCCUCUGCCAGCAUGACCCGCCUGGCCCGCUCCAGGACGGCCUCUCUGACCAGUGCCAGCUCCACAGAGGGGGCUCGUUCUCGGGCCUGCACCCACUCCGACAGCACUGAGGGGGUGGGCGCGGUCACCCAAACCAUGGAGGUGUCCUGCUGAGGGGACAGUACAGCCAUAGAGCGAAGGAGGACAGAGGAGGGGGAACAGAGGGGGACGGAGGGUGGUCCCCAGUGACAGCAAAAAGCAGUGGGCUGGACAUGAGCAAUCUUUAUAAACUAAAGGAGUUAGUUAGUGCAAGAGGCAGCAAACAAGUUGUGGAAUUAUGGGUAUAUUAAAAAGGUGGGGUAACAGUAAAAAGCCAAAGUAGAUUAUUUUCAGGAGGUGGUUUCCUCUUUGAUUUAGUGCCAUUGAUGCCUUUUCUUACCAAUCGCCAUCUAAUAUUAUUUUUGUAAAUUUUUUGGCUUGUAACAUAAGAACCUCAAAGCUAUUCGCCAAUCAUUUUAUUUGUGCAUCUAAUCUGUUCAAAUAUGCUAAAUUGUGACUCUAUCUAACAGAUAUGGUAAGGAAGCUCUCAACUGAUUCAGGUUUUAGUCCAUUGCUUUUUGCUGUCAGUGGUAAUUAUUAAAAAAGAGGGAACAAAAUGAAGUGUAAACGUUGCAUAGGUCCAGUCUGUUCUCACUCAUCUCCCUCUCAUCUGGUCAUGUGCCCCGCUGGCCCCUGCCCGCUGUAUGAUACCAUAAGUAUUAAUACUACAACCCCUCCAGACCCUGAAAAACUUUGUGACCCAGCACUUGACAACUAGGCUAAUAUUUUAACUCUUGAAGUGUCAUACCUGUGUUUACUGAGUGUUUCCUCAUUGUUUUUGCCUGCACCCUUUGACACGACUCCCCACCCCCCAAAAUUCUAAAAGUGUCAAUUCUUCUCAUAUGUCAAAUAUAACUAUUAAAUGUGACGAGAUAUGGGUGGUUAGCACUAAGCAGGCACUACGACAGUAUUUUGAGCAGACUACAUCUCUCUCUCUCUCUCUCUCUGUUGUUUACGAUUAGUGAGUAAAAGUGAAUGGGUGUGUCCGGGUUUUGACUGACAGCAGAGCACAGCCUAUCGUAGUCAAGUGCCCAGAUCUGUAGUGUAUUAAGAGGAUGUGUUAGCUGUUAGUGCCAGAGUAUAAGUAGUUCACCUCAUAUUUAAAGCUGCACUUGGUGAAAUAUAACAAAUGUAAAGUUUUGCGUUCUAGUAAUCCUUUGCACUAUUGAGUUUUUUUGUUAGUUAUAUUUUUGGUUUUACGUAAAAGUGUAAUUUAGUAAUAAUGAUUUUAUAUUAUCACACAUUGUUUCACAGAUUUAACUAUGAACCAACUUUAAGAACCUAAAAUAUGAUGACCUUUUAAUAUGUUAUACUAUGACUUUGAAAGCAGUAUGGUCAGUAUUAAUUCUUUAUCUUGUGUAUAGCUAAUUUUGCGCUGGAAGACAAUCGAAUUUAAUGACAAUACAAUGACUAGUAGCCGGUGUAGCAUCAGACUCACUAACAGAAAGCAUGCACAAAAGCAAAGUUUUUACUAAAUUCUUGGAAAACACCGCACAUGAACACUGUACGGCCACAAACCAAUGAGGAAUGUAAUAAAAGGCAUUGCUGAGUGCAGCUUUAAGCGGUGUGUCAUGCAUUCUGAAGACAAUCCACUACAUCUAUGUGUUAGGCUAGAGUAAGUGUAGUGUACAUGCAUGUGGACGUGAGCAUAAACUUAGGCCAUUUUAGUCUAUGAGUAUGAGUAGUUUUGGCAGUGUUGUGUGUUAGAUAUUGGUAGGGCCUUGAUACUUUGCAGGGACAUCACGCUGGGGUUAGAUGAAAACUCAAGAAAAAAUACAAAAUUGAUUUAAAUAACAAAUAUUCAGGAGCCUGCGAUUAAUACAAGCAUUCAUGGUCCUGUUUAGGUGUUUGAUUUUCAACAAAAAGGUGAAAGUGACUUUAUGUCCUGCCCUUUACAUAUUGUAUUUUCAACCAAGUCAGCUCUUUCUGGUCAGUCUGUGUCAAAAUAAAGCUCAGAUUAGAAGUCAAUUGGAGUCACAGAGCUUCAGAUUGAGCAGUACCUUCAGUUAGCAUUACACCCCCAGGGAAAGUUGACUCCAGCUGCAAAGGAUCAUUUGGCAGUGUUGUGUGUUAGAUAUUUAUUGGUAGAGUAUUGCUCAUCCCAACGGUGUCUCCUCUAUUUAUUGUUUGUACGUUUACUGGAGAUUUUGGUGAUAAGAUGAUGUUCCAAAUAACCAAAACUAGAACAAAAAUCACACAUUCGAGUAAAAAAAUCUGAAACUGAGUGUAAACAAGAAACAGUAAAUACCAGGGGAUACUGCGUUGUUCUUAUUAGCACUCUCAAUGUGAAUAGAUGCUAGCUAGAGCCAUGGUCACAAGCGGUGUUUUUGAUGUGUAGCUGCAGUGCAUGCAUGUGGUUCAGCAGUGUGUUCUUUGUGAUCUCUUACUUGACAAUCACGCGCCAACCCAAACAUAACUGGACCAGGGGCCAAGCCAGGAUCCCAGUGGUAAUUGUAUGUACUAGAUAUUUAACCCAGGCCUUUCUUUUCUGCACCUAGCCCCUUGACUAUGGAUGUACCAAAGCUAACACACACACACACACAAUAGCCCCCUUGCUAGUCUAUCUAGUCAAGCGAUCCUUAAAUGAAAGCAUGAUACUGCAAGUUUCAUUGUGUGAGUGUGUUCAAAUGUUAGAUGUGCACAAAUGCUUGAAUUAUGCUGUUAAGCUUUAGUGUUUAGUGUAAAGCCUGCACAUGAAUUGUCCCUUUUGAUUUGCUGUCUUAUAUUGUUUAUUGCUAUUUUAUGUGUAAAUGUUAACAUGAAGGAUCUAAAAGGGGGCUACUAUUGAGAGGGCUGGGUGCUUUAAGGAAAUGACAAAUUAGACACUUUAAUUGCUUUUGUUGUUUGGAUGUGCUAUGAUAUACAGUGUAUCCAUUAUGUCACUGGUAGAAAAUGCAUAGUUUUAGAUUAGUUUGGCUGUGUACUGCUGUCUUGGACUAACUUCUGAUUUGGGGUCCCCUUGUAUUUUGAGCUUAGUAAUGUAUAGUCGUUAUUUACCAAAGUUGCCCAUUUUCCUGUACUGACUUUCACAAACCCUCUGUCCCCUGCCAGUAGGGGGCGUAGCUUCCAAAUGCUGAGGUGUGCUCCUAUCUUUGAGGUAGCCUGUAAGUACUGGGGCUUUUUUGGAGCCAUUUGGGCGCCAAGCUCGGAAUGUAGGGCAACUCCCAACCUCCUUAAAAGCAUACCCCUCCCUUUUACAAAUCACAAGGUGCCCCAGUCCUCACAGGCCAACCUAGUCACACCCUAAAGGGCUAUCAGCUGAAGUCACUUUGUUAGUUUACUUAGUCUGUAAUGUGAUAUUGUUGCAAUGUUAGUGUGUUUGCACCAGGGGCCCCCAAAGAGCACGGAAUAGAAAAAAUGUGGUUCAUGAAACAAGAGAGAGAGAGAUUCUGACAGAGGAUAAUUGAAUGUUUAUGGAAAAAAGAAUGUGUUGUAGCUUGAGAGAUUAUUUCAUAUUUUUAGAUUACUCUGCUCUUUAUUUCAAUAAUAAUUACUUAUAACUGAGUUGCUGUCAUUUCAUAAUUCAUCUCCACUUUGAAUAAGCCAAUUUCUUCCUCAAACUAAAGCAAAACUGCCGGGGGUCUCCUGAAUGUAUUGUCCCUAUUUGAAGUGCUGUACUGUAUUGUGGACCCUCACCUCUUCAUUAACAACCUCACAGUAUGCACUUCUCCCCUUGCCUCUCAAUAUUUGGAUAUUCUACCCUAAUACAUAACUGUUUAGUACAGGUGAUUACAUAUUUUUGUUCAUAUACUUUUUAAUACUUCCAUGUGUCACAGUUGAUUCCAAACCCUAUACGUAAACCCCUGUAUAAGUGUUUCAUAGGGGUCCGCAAAGGGACCAAUGUUUUUUGUCAUUUUGAAUGGCAUGUCACCCACUGCCCCAUGACCACAUUUCACAGGUCAUGACAACAAACAUCUAAAUUUUAAAGUGGAAAGAAAGAAUGAACCCAAGUGUACAUUCACAAAGAUAGCAUCAAAUCUAAAUGGAUGCUUGUAAAAAGGCAAUACUAGGCUAUUGAAAAGAAAUGAACAAUUCACCUUUGGUAUUGUAGUGAUGAUUUUACAAGAAAAGAAACUUUCUUGAAGGUGUAAAAAUAGCAUUAUUCCAAGCGAGAAUCCUGUCACAGAAUCAGUCCAGAUCUGUAGACCUCGUCCUAUUGGCACUUGUUGGUCACCCAAACUGAACACUACUGUAUUGUGAUGUACACUUUAUGUUCCUCUCCUCUUGGACUUUUAUAGCAACAGUAGGGUGUAACCUCAUAUUGAUAUACUUCUAUUGGUUAUGUGUACUACUGCUAUCACUACUGCUAUUCUUACUGCCAUUAUGAUUGAUUUAUAUUGAGCAAUAAGUUGACGUUUCAUAUUUUGGGAGUGUUCCCUAAAAGCUUGCUUCUGUUCACAAUAGUAGAGGGACUUAGUUGCUUGGUUGUUAUUCAAAUGUGUACUGUAAAGAUAUUCUAUAUAAAUACAUAGUAACUGUCUGUCUGUGUAGUAACUAAUAAAGACAUUAUGUCAAAGUCA